CGAAGCGAGGCGGGGAUUGAUGGGCGCAGCUGCGGCGGCCGGGAGUCCCGGGGGGCCCCCAGCGCUCACACGCCCACCGGACGGCGCCGGGGAGGAGAGGAGCCGCGCGGGUCCCGCCGCUGCCGAUCUACGAAGGUCAUCAGAAGGGAAAGCAUUGCUAGCGAACAAGAGGGUAGCUGCAGAAGUAAAUGAGAAUCAACAAGGAGUUGAAUUUUGCAGUUCAACAUCUGAAGAAGCGGGAUGGGGCGUAUUUGAGAAGAACAAGAGGGCCCCGUUCAUUUGGAUGGAGGAACGCUGGGAAUCACAGUGGCAGCAGUUCCUCAAGACGCUGCAACCGGUUCACCCAGGAGAAAGCAAGUCCAAGAUGUCGGACGCUUCUCCUUGGGAAGACCCCAAGGUCUUCCUGACCUCCUUCGAGCAGGUGGCCCAAGCCUGCCGGUGGCCUAGAGAAGAGUGGGUGGCUUGUCUCCUGCCGGCCUUGAGCAGAGAAGCCAAAGAGGCUUUUCAGAAGCUGGAAAUUGGAGAACGGGACAACUAUGGGAAGGUGAAGGCGGCCAUCUUGAAAGGGGAAGCCAUGAAAACGGAAGCCCGGCGUCAACGCUUCAGGCAGUUCUGCUGCCAGGAGGUGGAAGAUCCUCGGAUGGUUUACAAGCAGAUCCAGGAACUUUGCCACCAGUGGUUGAAGCCGGAGAGACGUACCAAAGAGCAGAUCCUGGAGCUGUUGAUCCUGGAGCAGUUCCUGGCCAGCUUGCCUCCAAAGCUCCAGAGCUGGGUUCAACCCAAGAGGCCGGAGUCGUGUUCCCAGGCCGUGGCCCUGGUGGAGGACUUCCUGCAGAGUCAGCAAGGAACCAAAUCAGAAGCAUGUCAGGGGCCACCAAACGAAGAACCCACCAAUCUCGAAGGUGCCGAGAAGAAGCCCUUAGAAGCCGUGAAGAGAGAAAAUGUUGAAGUGGAGAUUGGUAUGCUAGGACCUGGAAUCGAAUCCCCAGACCGUCCUAGCUCAUUACUUUCUUCUGAAAGAUUAGGGAUUGUCCAAACAGCUUUGAGAGAGGAGGUCACAGACCUGAAGGAAAGAGAUGUUCGCUUGCUGACAGCCAAGUGGGAUCUGGUCCAGCCUGUUCCUAAAAGGAUGGCCUGGGAGGCUCUCCAGUCGGAGCACGAAAACGUUGGCUCUUUAAAAUUACAGGAAAAGCUCUGGCACCACAUCUUCUCCAGCCUCCUCACUGUCCGACUCGAGCGCCAGCUGCACAGGCUGCUGGCGCAGCACCACACCAGCCUCCUCGUUGUCAGAAUCAGCUACAAUCUGCACAGGCCGCUGACGGGCCACAACACUAACUUUGAACGGUCACCAAACGAGUCUACAAGGUACCUGUGUCUUUUUCUGUUGCAGAGUUGUACAGAACCACCCCAGAUGGUUGCGUCUUUGCAAAUCGUCCAGAGACACCUGACCCAGCCGAGCCAAGAGACUUUCGCUUGGAAAGUCCUCCAAGAGGAUCGUGGGAACGCUGGCAGUUUGGGUAAUGGAAAGAGAAGUUUGGUGAAAGUGGAGAAUAUUCAGGAUGGAGAAAAGAAACCGGGAGAGGCACAAGAGGGCCUUCCACUGUUGAAUUUGGGAAACGUAGCACCGGGCGUGGAAGGACUGAAGGGAAGAAGCGAAUCCCAAACCCAGAACGAAUGCGCUCGGCGUGCCGGGAGUUGUACGGCUGCCGUCCUCGAAAGUACCACAAAACCCACUUGGGAUAAAAUGCCAUCGUUCUCCUGUUAUGGCAGAAAAUAUCGCUACAGAUUCGAACUUGGGAUGCAACAUUCCGGGGAGGAAUACAAAAUACGCCCUUUGUCAGAGGAAAACCUGCCGCAUAAUUCAUCUUUUAAUAAACCGGAAAAAAUCCUAACGACGAAUCGAAGCCACGAAGUCUACGAACACGGGAAAGGGAGCAGCCUGAAGAUCUUUCCGAACCUCCGUGCAGAUUGGAAGCCGAAGAGCGGCGCUGAAAGCGGGAAGAAUUUUUGUUCCAUGCAGCCCCUGAAAAGAACUCAAGACCCCAGGACCGAAACGAGAAUCAAUAAAUGCUUUCAGUGUGGGAAAUGCUUCACCCAGAAGGGGGAUCUGAAGAAUCACCAACGCAUUCACACCGGCGAGCAACCGUACGAAUGCUCUUACUGCGGAAAAUGCUUCAACCAGAAGGGAAAUUUAAAGACCCACCAGAGGAUCCAUACGGGAGAGAAACCCUACAAAUGUUUGCAGUGCGGGAAGUGCUUCAUCCAGGCGGUCCUUCUGAAGAACCAUCAAAGGACUCACACGGGAGAGAGACCCUACAAAUGCUCUCAGUGCGGGAAAGGUUUCAACCUGGGAGGAGACUUAAAAAAGCAUCAGAGGAUACACACGGGAGAGAGACCGUACAAAUGUUCUCUGUGUGGGAAAGACUUCAGCCAGAUGGGAAAUUUGAAGAAGCACCAGACCAUUCACACAGGGGAGAGAUGAUAAAGAUGGUUAUGGUGCAUAAAAAGCAUGAAUUGGUGUAAAGUGGGAAACUCCAACCUUGGCAACGUUAAGAUUUGUGGACUCCAACUCCCAGAAUUCCUCUGCCAGCCAUGCUACUUUGGCAGCUUGAAGAUCCUACUACCACAAACAGCCUCCCACCGGCCAGUACGCUCUCAUAGAGAGGGGCUCCUCCGGGUGCCGUCAGCCGAGCAGUGUGGACUGGCAGCCCCCAGGGGGAGGGCCUUCUCUGUGGGGGCACUCACUAUCUGGAACGAGCUCCUCCCAGAGAUACGGAGGAUCCCGGAUCUGCGUACUUUCCGCCGUGCUCUUAAGACCCUCCUAUUCCAGCAAGCCGGCCUGGCCUAAUUUUCUCCCCUUUCUUUUAAAUUUUUAAAUUGAAAUUUUAAUUUGUUUUAAAUUAUUGGGAUUUUUAAUUGUCUUGGGCUAAAUUAUUUAAUUUGGUUUUAAUUAUGAUUCUAACUUUUGUAUUUAUGUAUUUUAUUUUGGGCCUGUUCACCACCCUGAGUCCUUCGGGAGUAGGGCAGUAUAUAAAUUUAAUUUAAAAAAAAAAAUGUGUAGCCUUCAACUUCCAGAAUGCUUGCCGGCUGAGGAAUUCUGAGAGUUGAAGUCAGGGGUGAAAUCCAGCUGGUUCUGACCGGUUCUGGAGAACCGAUAGCAGAAAUUUUGAGCAGUUCGGAGAACCGGAAAAUACCACCUCUGGCUGGCCCCAGAGGGGGGUGGGAAUGGAGAUUUUGCAGUAUCCUCCCCCUGGAGUGGGGUGGGAAUGGAGAUUUUGCAGUAUCCUUCCCCUGCCACAACCACCAAGCCACGCCCACAGAACCGGUAGUAAAAAAAAAGUGAAUUUCACCACUGAUUGAAGUCCACAAGUCUUAACGUUGCCAAGGUUGGAGAACCCUGGUGUAAAGAAUAUGAGAAUAAUUACCAGACAAAGAAUCCUUGCACCCAGAGAAUGUUUGAAAAUUUAUAAUAAUCAUACCAAAAGCACUGAAUUAUUUAAAAAGUAUCUUUCUUUAAAUAGAUUGUACUCAAAAAUGACCCUAACCCCAGCUUCACUUAAAUGCUCUUAACCCUAAAGUAGUGUGUGUCAGUCUCAAUAACUUUUAAGAGUCUGAACUUCAAUUCCCAGAAUUCCCCAGCCAGCAGGCAUUCUGGGAGUUGAAGUCCACACAUCUUCAAGCUGUCGAAGUUGAGAAAGUUUGGCUAAAAAUGUAAGUAACUCAGAGCGUCACUCUAUCUUUACCUUGGCAUAUCAAAAUAAACAACCUGUCUCGGAAAAAAAAACCCUCUCCAGAUAUUCUUGUUUAGUUGUUUGCCCUGAUGAUAGGCUUGGUUAUGAAAUGACAAUAUUACUUGUGUCAGCUUUAAUCCCAGGUUUUCUUGUUUUUAUGGGGUUUUGUCUCAAGGUGACGAGUACUGUCAGGUAUGAAAGACCAGGACCAAUUAAACUGAUUUAUUGCUCAUGCCCAGGAGUGAAAUCUAAAAUUGGUUACUACCUGUUCUGAGGGCGUGGCUUGGUGGUGGUGGGGUAAUGUGACUGUUUUUAAAGGGAAAUUUUAAUAGUUUUAACAUCUAAAUAUUCACUUAUUUGCUUGUUUUAUUGCUGUGAGCCGCCCUGAGUCCUUGUUGGAGAGAGGGCGGCAUAUAAACUUAAUAAAUACAAAUACAAAUACAAAUA